AGUUUUAUCAACGGAAAUAUUUAGUGACGUCACCAAUAGAACGAGACACUCGGGACACUCCAAAACAGAAUGACGUUGUCUCCUUUCUUCACAUUCAUUGAUUGAUUGACGAAUUUGACAAUUUGUUAUUGUUUCGCUAUCUGUGCAUUGUAGUCAGAGAAGCAUGGUUUUUCUAUUACAAUUAUUUUAAUUAGUCGUUACUAUUCCAGUAGGUUUCUCUUCUACAAACGUCUUAUACCUUCCAAAAUGAAUGCUUUAUUAGGUUACGGUUCAUCCUCAAGUGAUACCGAGGAAGAAAACACAGAGAAUGAAAAGUCUCAAAGCGAGAGUACAAAGCUCAAAUUACCAAAGCCGACGAUCGGGGAAAGUAGCCUACAAACUUCUGUUUUUUCCAAUCCAUUCGUGGAAGCAGAACUGGCAAAGGCUGCAAUACUUGAAAAGCAUGUUAAAAUGGUUCCAGGUAAAGACAACACACAGAUGAUAAAUGGCAAACGGAUAUGCUGGAACUAUCGGAAGGGCCGCUGUCGCUUCGGACACAACUGUAAAUAUGCCCAUGAUACAGACAUACAGAAGUCUAAUGAUGAGAUUGAAGCAGAAAAACAGAAACUGAAAUCAGUGGUAUGUGAAGGAGCUGGAACAAUGACUGCAGCUCCUCCGCCUAUAGCCGUCCUUGAGUCUGUCCUACCCACAGAUGAUGCCGUCUGGGAGGGAGCCACAGAUAAAAAGAAACUCAAACGACCAGGGUUGAGCCAGACACUAGUGCCUGGCAAAAAAGUUAUUAAAAUGUAUAAAGAACAGAAAAUCAAAGAUAUUAAUAAAAACUAAACAAUAACUUGUGUCAAGGCUGCUGUAUUUGUGGCAUGGUUGAAAUCGCAAACUUUGUUUUGCAUUCAAGACAUUGUUGAUGUUGUUCCAUAUAUGUUAUUGCUUGCCAAAUAUGGUCUUUGAGCAAUGUUCAAGCAAAUGCUAUUUGAAAGCAUUAUACACUAGACAUUGACAUCUUUUAUUGAGAUGCUGCCUUAUUAUUAAUGAUGAUAUCCUUGAGAAUUGCCCAAAAUGGACCAGGCACCAUCCCACCUAAUAUUGUACUUAGACAAAAUUUAUUAGUAAAUUAUUGUUUGACCAUGGUGCAUUCACAGCAAUCUUUAUUUUACUUCCACAAACAUAAGCUUUAUCUUGCAUUCCACAGCCAUGUAUAAUAUUUACCAAAACAAUGUUCAAUUUCUUGUGUUAAAAAAUAAAAUUAUCAUAGUUAUAAAUAAGGUCUCUAAUUUAUGUUUAAGCUAUGUAGCAAAUUAAUCUGAUCCGCGAUCCAUAGAAUAUUAUCAUCACCUACUAUUCCCGCGAGAUAAUGUAAGAGUCAACUAAGAGAAUCUACGACCACACAUUGCACUCCUUGACAGUUUACAAACCGGGUGCUUACUCUUGAAACCAAUGUCAAUGCAAUUUCAAUCCAAU